CAAAGCUCCUCCUCUGUCGUCGGAAAGCGGACACCGGUCACAUUUUGCUCAAUGAGAGCAAGAGGGCACCGGAGAGGAUUUCCUAAUUUCAACCUGCUGCUGUGCCGUGCGGCUGUUUUCUCGCCUCUGUUAAAGCAGAGGCUAAUAUGAAGACAUCAUUUGGCAAACCAGACCCUGGGAAGUACCUACAAUCUCAUCAACUCAUUUGAAACUGAAGACAACACCAUGCACUGUCUCCGGUAAAAACCCGCUCCCCACUCUUCCUACCAAGCCUUCGAGAGCGAGGACACGAUACGCUGCACAGACAUGGCUUCGGAUCAGCCCUGCAUAGAUUCACUAGAGCGAAGAAGACCCAUGUUGGGCGCCACCUGUAAGCGGCACGCCCAUCGGUGUCUGCGGAAAAAGCUGAGGCCCGUACGAAUCUUAGGGUUGGUUUUCAGCCUGGUGGCUGUAAGUGCCGUCUCCCUCAGUGCCUUUACCUGGAGCUCAGGGGGUCAAAGCGAGGAGAGUCCCCAAGAGUCGGUUCCCCACAGGACUCUACUUUUCACCCAACCCCAGACAGACCCCAACGCAUCAGCCGACAUGCCAAUAGCCAUGAAAUCUACAGCAGAUGGCAAUGAGAGCCAAGGAGAGUACCCACAAGACCUUUUCAGCCUUGCGGAAAGGCGCCAAGGAGCGGUGGUCCUCCACAUGUUCGGCAUGAUCUACAUGUUCAUUGCCUUAGCCAUAGUGUGCGACGAGUUCUUCGUCCCAGCUCUCACAGUCAUCACGGAGAAGCUGACCAUUUCAGACGAUGUAGCAGGCGCCACCUUCAUGGCGGCAGGCGGUUCAGCCCCAGAACUCUUCACCUCCAUCAUUGGUGUCUUCAUCUCGCACAGCAACGUGGGCAUUGGGACCAUCGUGGGCUCCGCCGUCUUCAACAUCCUCUUUGUGAUCGGGAUGUGUGCCAUCUUCUCCAAGGAGAUCCUUAACCUGACGUGGUGGCCGCUGUUCCGUGACGUCUCUUUCUACAUCCUGGAUCUGAUCAUGCUCAUCAUCUUCUUCCUGGAUAACUUCAUCUCGAUGUGGGAAAGUAUCACGCUGCUGACGGGCUACGCCGCCUACGUGAUCUUCAUGAAGUUCAACAGUAAAAUGGAGGGCUUCGUCAAAGACUGCAUGAACAAGAACCAAGUGGUAGAAGUAGAAGUGCAGCCCAAGGCAAGUCCUGGGGCACUGGAGGAUGACGGCAAGUUGUCGGCCAGGCCUCGCCUCCAAAGGGGGGGUAGCUCUGCCUCCCUGCACAACAGCCUGAUGAGGAACAGCAUUUUCCAGCUGAUGAUUCACACGUUGGACCCUUUAAGUGAAGAAUUUGCUGACUCUGGUAAAUUCCGAGAGAAGGCGUCCAUCCUUCAUAAGAUCGCCAAAAAGAAAUGCCAAGUGGAGGACAGCGAGAAGGCUAAUGGAGUGGCAAGCCGCUCAGAUAAGAACCUCCCAAACAGCUCCAGUGUUGAAGUGGAAGUGACGCCACCCAUGAAUGGAACAGCUGGACAAGAAGGGGAAACGGCUGAGGAUGAGGAGGAGGAGGACCAGCCCCUGAGCCUGUCCUGGCCCGAGUCCACCCGCAAGCGCUUCACCUACCUCUUAAUCAUGCCCAUCGUGCUCCCUCUGUGGUUAACCCUACCUGACGUCAGGAAACCGUCUGCGAAGAAGUUCUUCCCCAUCACCUUCCUGGGUGCCAUCUGCUGGAUUGCAGGCUUCUCUUACUUAAUGGUGUGGUGGGCUCACCAGGUUGGAGAGACCAUCGGGAUUACAGAGGAGAUUAUGGGCCUGACUAUAUUAGCAGCUGGAACCUCCAUCCCUGACCUCAUCACCAGUGUUAUCGUGGCACGCAAAGGUCUGGGGGAUAUGGCGGUAUCCAGCUCUGUCGGCUCAAACAUCUUCGACAUCACUGUUGGGCUGCCAUUCCCCUGGCUCCUCUGGUCCUUCUUCAGCGGCCUGAAGCCAGUUCAAGUCAGCUCCAAUGGCCUCUUCUGUGCCAUUGUGCUCCUCUUCCUCAUGCUCCUCUUCGUCAUCAUCUCCAUCGCCGCCUGCAAGUGGCGCAUGAGCAAGCUGCUCGGCUUCAUCAUGUUCAUGCUGUACUUCGUCUUCCUGGUGGUCAGCGUCAUGCUGGAGGACAAGGUCAUCACCUGCCCCGUGUCCGUGUGAGGACCCGCGAGGACCUGCUCCUUCCUCUCCUCUUGUCACUACCACAAACAACCACCGACACAACCAUCCUUCUUGUCUGCCAUCGCUCUCACCUGACCCUUGUGAUCCUUUAGAAGAAUACCGAGGAGAGAAUGAUGUAAAAAAUACGGAACCUACCUUUAUUUUCAGCAUGGAGGUGGUGGCGAGGAGGGGUUAAACCAACGAGGACGCAUGACUUUUGGCUUGGCUGGUUUAGCUUUAGCCUAACCUGAGUGGAUUUCUAUUAUUAUUGUUCUUUAACAGGCAGGCGAGGAGGGGGUUGUGGGUGUACCAGCCAUAUAUAGAAGCAUUAUGCAUGCUAGUAGUGUCACUAAAUGAGCUGGGAUCAAGACUACACCUGAUUGGCUGAGGAGGAGGAUAUUCCUGUGAACUCUUGAGGAGCUGUAAAACUCAGAAUUAAAUGCAGUGGCUGAGCUGAGAUUGAACACAGACUGAGAUGCUGUCGCCAAUAGAGUGAAAAGGGAUUUGUGGAUGAGGAAAUGGCAGACCGUGUGGAUGAAAUUUUUGCUUUCCUAUCUGGGGGUACAGAGCAAAAACUCUCCUGGGCUUUGCACCUGAGCAACAAGGAGAGAGCGCACUCUUGCUGGGCAGACAAACUUCUUUGUUAUUUCUUUUUUUUUUUUUUGCUAAAUUCAUCACAUGCUCAGUCUGA